UCCCGCCCGCGCCUUCUCGGGACGCUGGCAGCCAUGGAGCCCGCUCGCCCCCUGGGGCUGUCGCUUCUACCGCUGCUCCUGCUGGGGGCUGCGCUGUGCGAAGCCGCUGAGGCGCGGCCAGGAAACAACGCGGAGAUCUGCCUCCUGUCCCCGGACGAAGGACCCUGCCGGGCGCGAUUUACCAACUACUACUACGACAGGUACACGCAGAGCUGCCGCCAGUUCAUCUACGGGGGCUGCAUGGGCAACGCCAACAACUUCGAGAGCUGGGAGGCCUGCGAAGAGGCUUGCGGGGGCAUAGAGAAAGUUCCCAAAAUCUGCCGUUUGGAAGUCAGUGAGGGCGAGUGUGAAGGUUCCAGAGAGUAUUUCUUCAAUCUAAGUUCCAUGACUUGUGAAAAAUUCACAUCUGGCAGGUGUCGCCACAAUGAGAACUGGUUCCCGGAUGAAGCUACUUGUAUGGGAUUCUGUGCACCAAGGAAAAUUCCAUCAUAUUGCUACAGUCCAAAAGAUGCGGGAAUGUGCUCUGCUAAUGUACCUCGCUAUUAUUUCAAUCCAAGACACAAAGCCUGUGAGGCCUUCACCUAUACUGGCUGCGGAGGGAAUGACAAUAACUUUGUUAACAUCAAGGAUUGCAUUCGUGUUUGUGCAAAAGUAAAGAGGGGAAAGAAUAAGAAGAUACCAAAGUUUCCCUUUGUCGUCAGAAACCUGAAAUUUCGGAAGAAGAAAUUUUAAGCAUUUUCUUGUAUAUCAUCUUGUGGAUGCUUAUUUGCUUCAUGAUUAUAUCUGAAGAACAAUGUGGUAGGUUGGGGAAGCGAAUUAUUAGUGAUUUAUUCACCAGUUGUUAUUGCUACGAGUUACUUUUUUGUGUAUUUUUUAUACAUAACUAGCUGCUAUACAAAUAUGUAACGUAUUUUUGAUUUACUGUUUAACUGCUUAUGAGAUUGAAUUCUUGCAGUGCUUAAGACAUAAAAGCAAAUAGGACUCACCCAGUUCUUGGGGUUGCUACUCCUGAUAUCAGAAAAUGAUAGUAACUGAAAUAGCAUAAGACAGUGUAAUCAUGUGCUUUGAGCAUACACGAGUAUAAGAAGAACUGUCAAAUAUAUUUCUUUUUGCAUUUAAAAGUUGGAUUAUAUUUUAGGCCCAGGUUGCAGAGUUAGCAACACCUUAACAAAUAUUCCAUGUGCUAUUAUGUACACACUACUGACUGUACUCCCAUUUCUACUGUGUCAGAUUGUAGUGUAAUGCAUGAAUAAGGAGAUUUAUGUAAGAGUUAAUAAAAUAACUUUUAUUGACUGAAUUAAAAAGCUGGUCAAUUUAUUAAAAUCGGAAA